AUGGAACCACCCAAGCCUGAAACAGAAUCCAAACCUGAUGUCCCAAACAGAGACUCCACCGAGCCAAAGGGAUCGGAAUCAGAAUCCCAAGCUCCAAAGGAACGCACCGCAUCAUCAUCAUCUAACACCACAAAGAAGUCAGUGCAUUGGAGCCCCGAAUUGGUCACUGAAUCAACGUUCACAUCUUCUCCUCACGAUUCACGCUCCAAUCCUUACUUUUCCUCCUCUUCUUCGCUCUCUCAAUCCUCACCCUCGUUUAUGGAGACCGUGGUGACUGUUCGUAACGUGUUGGGACGAUGGAGUAGGAAGGUGGCAGAGACAACUAGGAAGGCUGAGAAUCUCGCUGGAAACACAUGGCAGCAUUUGAAAACAAGCCCUAGCUUUACUGAAGCUGCCAUGGGAAGAAUUGCCCAGGGAACGAAGGUCCUAGCAGAAGGUGGAUAUGAGAAGAUUUUCAUAAAUACAUUUGAGAUAGUUCCUGAAGAACGACUUCAGAAUUCUUAUGCAUGUUAUCUAUCCACAUCAGCUGGUCCUGUAAUGGGAAUUUUGUAUAUAUCCACAGCCAAGAUUGCAUAUUCUAGUGACAAUCCUAUUUCUUAUAGCACUGACAAUCGAACAGAAUGGAGCUAUUAUAAGAUAGUCAUUCCAUUACACGAGCUAAAAGCAGUGAAUCCUUCAUCAAACACAGUCAAUCCCGCCGAAAAGUACAUUCAAGUGAUCUCGAUAGACAAUAAUGAAUUUUGGUUUAUGGGAUUCUUGAACUACGAAGGUGCUGUGGACUGCUUGCAAGAAGCUCUUCAAGUUGGCAAAUUAUUACAAUCAGAGGCAUAG